AUGAGUCCCCAGAGCCUCCUCCUCCUGGUGGCCCUCCUGGGGAGCCAGCUGCCUGCUGCCUUGGGCAGGAGGAAUAGAGAGAAAGCUGGGGGAUGUCCACCGGACGAUGGGCCCUGCCUCCAAUCGGUGCCUGACCAGUGCCUGGGGGACAGACAGUGCCCCUCGCUGAUGAAGUGCUGCCACAGAAAUUGCUUCCGCCAGUGUGUCCGGAUGGUCGCAGUAAAGCAGGGCACCUGCCCCGAGGACCGGCUGAAGUGCCUCAGCCCCAUCCAGCACCUGUGCCACCGGGACUCCGACUGCCGGGGCCGCAGUCGGUGCUGCCUCAGCGCCUGUGGCCGGGAGUGCCGGAACCCCAUCAAACUCAAAGCAGCGAUCGAUGCGGCCUCAGCCGCGGGGGACAGAGGAAGACUGAGAAGGAGGAGGAGGCAGCAGGGCCUCCGCAGCGGCGAGGCUCCGCGGGGCCGCCGGGGCACGGAGCAGCCCCGGGCGGCCGGUGGCUCCCCAGCCUCGGGGACAGACGCGCUGGGCCACAGGUAA